AUGAAGCCAUUCCUUUGGGUCGGCAUUUUGCUGACGGCAGCGGCGGCCCAGUCAACACCCAACUCGAACGAAACGACUCCUUCGAUACCAAAUUCACCUGUUCGGGUCCGCCUCAACCCGGCUGGCAUCCGCGAUUUGAGCGACAGUGACUUCGUGACCUGGACUGUGCCUAAUGCUGCUUCUGCGAAUCUGAAGGGCAGUAAUGGAACCGCUCUUUCGUUCACACUUUCCGCUGCUAGUGGCAAGCUGAGUGGCAAUUAUAACAAGGUUGUGUAUACGCGCAUGAUAAGUUCGUUGGGCGAGCGCGUUAUUGCCGAGGGAAUCUCGACAGGAAACGACAAUAGCAGUACCAUUGGAGGUGCCGCGAUCACGUUGAGCAUUUCUGGUCUUCCUGCUGGCGAGCACUCACUGCUGGCGUGGCAUAAUGCUUGGGACAAGAUCAACGCUACAGCCUCUGUAACGGUUACAGUUGAUGGGAAAGAGGCAGCAAAGAGCGUCAAGCAAACUGUACGCGCAGACAAUAUAUGGGAGGCUACCGCGUCGUACAUUACCUUCACGGCGACUGCAGACAAGGCCGUCGUGAUAGUGUAUACACCUGACAAGUCCGGCGAUGGACGAGUUUUCUUGAACGGAUUCGAGAUCGACACUCCGGAUUUGGAGCAUCAGAUCAGCUUCCCAAGUCCUGCCCAUCGUGAUGAGAGAGUUGAAGUCACGGGAAAUAGCACAGAUAUUACUGCGUCUUGGAGAGCUGCGAAGACUGAAGGUGCCACCUACAACGUCUAUCUCGGCACUUCGAUCACCGAGCUUCAAAGCGUGGCUACUGGGCUGAGCAAGACCAGCACCACACUUGAUGGAGUCAAUGCUCAUGAUACAUUUUAUUGGCGCGUGGAUGGUGUUGUUGGCUCUAAAACAUACAUCGGCCGCGUAUUCAUAUUUCGCGGUGCUCAAGUAGCUUUUCCAGGAGCUGAAGGUUACGGGCGAUUGGCGCGCGGUGGACGAGGCGGAAAAGUGAUUCACGUUACAUCUCUCGAAGACAGUGAGGCAGAGGGUACUCUUCGCUACGCCUUGACCAAGGCUUCUGGACCUCGUACCAUUGUCUUCGAUGUCGGCGGCGUCAUCACCACCAAAUCACGGAUCUCUGUUAAUGGCCAAUACAUUACCCUAGCCGGUCAAACGGCUCCAGGAAAGGGUAUCGUCAUUCAAGGAUUUCCCCUUGGUCUCACCGGCGCCACGGAUGUGAUUUUCAGACAUAUCCGCGUACGCCCAGGUACAGUGUCAGGGCAGACGAUUGAUGGCAUGGGCAUGCAAGGCUCCAACUACGCCAUAUUCGAUCACUGCAGCAUGGGAUGGACGAUCGAUGAAGCCUUCUCUUCCCGUGAUGCGAACAACAUUACGUUUCAGCGCAACAUGAUAAGCGAGCCACUCAACAUUGCAGGCCAUAAGAAUUACCCCAACGGAACUGCGCAUGGUUACGCUGGCUCCAUUGGUGGAGAAGUUGGAUCAUUUCACCACAACCUAAUUGCUCACGCCGAGGGGCGAAGCUGGAGUAUGGCCGGUGGGGUUGACGACAACGCAAACUUCGCCGGCAAACUAGACAUUCGCAACAAUGUCGUCUAUAACUUUGGACACCGAGUGACGGACGGUGGUACGCACCAAGGCCAGUUCGUAUCCAAUCUGUACAAGCGAGGUCCUGCCUCAAAUCUCACCUGGGCUCUGCGAGCCCAGUACGAAGACGGCUUACCAGGAACUCAGCAAUACUACUGCGCUGGUAACGCGAUGCCUGGCGUAUUUGACCAAGACAGCGAACAAUACGUUGGCGACGGGACCGGUAAAACUAGAAACGUUGCUUGCUACGCCGAUGUCACUGUAGAAGGUGUCAACUAUAGAAAGUUUUUCGACAAACCUUUCUUCGAGAGCUACGUUACCACACAGUCCGCAACUGAAGCGUAUAAGAUCGUGCUCAGCGAUAGUGGUGUGAGCCAGCCUGUGCAGGAUGAUCAUGAUAAGCGUAUUGUGAAAGAGACUGCUGAAGGGACGACAACAUAUACGGGUAGCGUAGGCAAGAAGAAGGGUAUCAUUGAUAACCCUGCUGAUGUUGGUGGACUGGAAGAUUUCCCUACCGCAGUUCGUUCCGCAACUUGGGACGCCAACAACGACGGCAUCGCCGACUGGUGGGACGGGUCAACUGGCGGAGACGGAUACACUCCUCUCGAAGGCUAUCUCAACUUCAUGGCUGAGCCACAUAAGUUCGCCGCGCCGGGUGCGUCUGUUCAAAUUGAUCUCGGCGCUUUGGCUGCGGGCUUCAAGGAGCCUGCAUUCACAGUUGCAGGUGCGAUAAUCGGCUCUGUUGCGGUCUCUGGUUCUACUGCAACCUACACGGCGAAGAAUGCAGGCAUCGAACGCCUCACUGUCUCUAUCAAAGAUAGCGAGGGCAGCGUCUGGUCUAGACCGUUCGGCAUCGCAGUUUCUGAAGGCGCCGAUAAAUCCGAAUAG